CCGAUGACGUAGAAAGGAUGACAUGGGUUUUAUACGCAUGCGUGAAGCACUUCGCUUGGUUUAUGAUUUUUGGCGUCCUCUAGCGGCCCUCGCUGAGAGUUUGUGUUGGGUGAAUGUUGUCAUAGAAACCGCCGCGUGAGCCUUGGAGUUUGAAAUUGGCUCCCAAAACAAACGACAACAUGGCUAAUAAAAUGACCUCCAUGCCCGACUUUAAAACCUACCGCACGAACGUGAAAAUCGGAAACUGGAACGAGGAGCAGCACUUAGAAGAGCAUGUGAGGAGCAAGUACAUGCGUAGAAGAGAAAAGGGGGAGCUGACUGCCCAAAGAGUCGACUUCCUCAAGCACAACAUCCUCAGUCCGGUGGAACUGAGCGUAACUACGGAUGGUGCACUGCACUUUGGAGAUGUUGUGAUGUUGCUGAACGUGGGUGACACCGGCGAGUGUUCAGCGCUGGGCAUCAACGCAUACAUUGACCACAUGACCAAGAUUCCUUCUCCUGGCAUUAAAGGUCCGUGUGGAGUCAGUGCUGGGAGAAGCAUUCAGCCCUGUGUGCGCACUGCAUUCAUUAUUACCAGUGUGGACGGCACUCCCGAAGGAGCAACUCUGCAUUAUGAGCAAAGUUUUGCCCUGAAAACAACAAGUGACUUCACAGGUGGAAUGUACUUGACGAGUGACGUGCAGACCUUCCGGAAGUGCGCGCUGAGGUCUCGUCUUCAGGAGGUCAACUUGGACGAGAGGGAAUGCUUCCUAUCCUGGUGGAAGUUGGUGCACUUUGACCCCCAGGAGAGGCUCGAGCAUGAGGGUUUGCCCGUGCCUGCCAACGUCAACGUGGUGGUCCUCCACUGCAAGACAAACCAGGCUCUAGCUGUUAUGGAACAUUUUGUCCUUGGGACCACAUAUGGCAAUGAGUACGAGGUGACCGCUCAUACUUUCUUGGACACCCACAGAGCUGAAAAGUCCAACAACCACUGGAUCCUUUGCACCGCUGACCCGGAUGCAGAAGGCCUCCUGCUUCUCAAUCGCCUGAAAUCAGAGGGCAACUGCGUAUCGUUGCCGCGGGAAAACCCAGACGAUCCAACAGAGUAUAUCAGAUGUAGUGUGUGUAAUUAUAGGGAAGACAGGUAAUCGAGGUGUUGAAAAAAACAAGAGUGCUCUAUGUUUGAAUGAUUACACCCCACCCCCUACCGUUCCCCCAAACUUUGCAUUC